CUGUCUGCUCAAUUCGCCGAAAAAAAUCGCCUUCUCCGCGAGAAAGAACGACAGAUAGAAGAAAAUCGUCAUAAGAUUGAGGAAUCUGUCAAACACAUCUCUGAUGCUGAAAUGAAAGCUAGGAAACUGGAAGCAGAGCUCUCACAAAGUGAAGCACAGCGGGUAGCUGUAUCUGACUCGGAAUCCGAGUUACGUAAUAGACUCACCGAACAUGAGUCAAUGUUGGUCAAUUUGAAACAGCAAGUUGAAAAAGUAGGUGUUAUCCUUACUAGAUGUGGUUUGAGCAAGGGUUUUUGGGAUUUUGUUCCGCAUCUUUCUUACUCUUUAGCCUCUGUCUUCUUCUACCUUAACAUGUGCUUUGAUUAA